UGCAGACAUUCCAUACUUGGAGCUGGCAGAGCCGGAGGAGGGCUACCAUGGACUGAUCAAGGAGAACGAGACCCUGGUAGAGGUGACUCCUGCCAUCCGAGCUAGAGGGCCGCUCUGCUCCUUCCUCAUAUUGAACAACAAGCACCAUGGGGAAGCUCCAUUCGAGAUAAUGGUGAUAGAUGAGAACGAGGCCCGGCUGCGCGUGCGCUACCCGCUCAACUGCGAGAAGCGCCGCAACUACAAGUUUGAUAUCGCCGCCGUAGGAUGCGACGGCUCUUACUCAAACACGGUACCAGUUCACAUAACAGUGACGGAUGUGAACGAAUUCGCCCCAGUGUUCAGUCAGGCAGCCUACGUGAAGUCAGUGGACGAAGGUCGCAUCUACGACGAGAUCCUGCGAGUGGAGGCCAUCGAUAGAGACUGCACGCCGCGGUACGGGGACGUCUGCAAGUAUGAGAUCCUCACCGACCGCAGCCAGCCCUUCACUAUCGACAACGAAGGUGUGAUCCGCAACACUGAAGCCCUGGACUACGAGAAGUCGCACAACCACAUCCUGUCGGUGGUGGCGUACGACUGCGGCAUGAUGCAGUCAGCGCCUGUCAUGGUCACCAUCAAGGUCAACAAACCCUGCAGGGCUGGAUGGAAGGGAGUGGCGGAGCGCGUAGACUACGCCCCGGGCUCGGGCCCCCUAGCCCUGUUCCCGGCGGCCCGGCUGGAGACGUGUCAGUCGGACGAGCGCUGCCCCGGCGUGACGCGCAUACAGGCCGCCGUGUCGCUGCAGGCCUCGCGCGCCGGCAGCGGCUGCGACAGGGACACUUACUCGCUGCACUCACAGCGGACUAUUUGCGGACUUGACCCGAAAACGAUCGACCUCCUGCCUAGCCCCGGAGUAGGAAACGAAUGGGCGAAAUCCCUGAAACCAGACUCAGGUCGUGACGGCGAGCAGAUGUUCGAGUUCGACGGCGAGACGACGGCGGCCGUGGUGCCGGAGUCAGUGCUGCCGCACGGCCUGCUGGGCACCUUCAGUAUAUCCACCUGGAUGAGGCACGCGCCGCCGCCUGACAACGACAAACAUCGCAAGGAACACGUCCUGUGUCUCGCUGAUGAUCAUAAAAUGAACCGGCACCACUACGCUCUGUUCGUCCGCAACUGUCGCCUGAUCUUACUGCUGCGCCGUGACUUCGGCGAGGGAGACCUCAACAUAUUCCGGCCUGCCGAGUGGAGGUGGAAGCUACCUGAGGUAUGCGACAACGAGUGGCAUCACUACGCGGUGAACGUGCGCUUCCCGAACGUGGAGCUGUUCGUGGACGGAGAGCCCUACCGCGCGCCCGACGCCAAGGGACCAGAGGUCAUCGACGACUGGCCGCUGCAUCCCGCGCAUGGCGUCAACACUACGCUGGUCAUUGGAGCCUGCUGGCAAGGCACGGAGAGCGACAUGAAGCACCACCUGCGCGGCUGGCUGGCCGGGCUGGGCGUGGCGCGCGGCGCCGUGCAGCCCGCGCGCGCGCUCGCCUGCCUCGCGCACUGCCGCGAGGGACUCAGUCUGGCGCCAGACCUCUACCUGAAGUCAGUAUCAGUAGAGGGUGACGGCGUGGCGGACGUGGAGACGUUGCUCCGCCGCGUGGCGUACGGGGACGCGCGCGCCUUCCCCACGCCCGGCCGCAGGAACGUACAUGUCGCUACUACCAUCACCUGCGACAACGGGCGCAUGAUCAAGGCCCGGCCCGCCGAGUCGUACAUAAUGGUGCUGGCCCCGCAGACGCCGUCCAUCCUGCUGAACGGCAGCGAGGACCUGGCCAGGGACUACACACACUUCCGCACCGGACUCACUGUCUUCCCAGACCUCGCAGUCAGGGUCUUGUCUGGAGGAAACGGACACGCUAUGGCCGAAGACAGCCAGAAGCUGGACUCGUGCGUAGUAUCAGUAUACCCGGCACUGAACCCGGACCACGAGGCACUGUCCCUGCGCGACGUGGCGGAGUUACCGCUGCGGUACGACAUCCGCGCGGCCGUCACGCGGGACGGGGUCAUACUCACCGGCGCUGAUACUGUACAGAACUACCAGAAGGUCCUCCGCGACAUAAUCUACAGCAACAAGAAGCCUGCCUACUACCUCAACCGCGUGUUCAAGCUCACGUGCUCCGAGCUCAACGGACGCUUCACCAGCAACGAGUACGUGCAGACGUUGACAGUAGUGCACCCCCACAUGUCUGGUGCCAGUGAGGCCGGCCUGGCGCGGGAGAUGCAUCCCAGCGGCAUGGCAGACAAGAUGGACGCCGUCGCACGUGACAAACAGUCGGAGCACGCGCACCGCGGCGCGCACGCGCUGUCCCCGCGCGUGUACGCGGCGCACGCGCAGCGCGACGCGCACGCCGCCGACGUGCCCGCGCCGCGACUCAUCAACCUGCGGGACCACCAGCCCACCAACCACGUGGCGCUGCUGAUAGGCGUGGUGUCGAUGGGCGUGCUGGUGGUCGUCGGGGGCGUGGCGCUGGCCCGCGCCCGCGCCUCCCGCGCGCGCCCCCGCGCCCCGCGCACCCCCCGCGCCCCCGCCGCGCUGCACGCGCUGCGCCCCCGCGGGGACGCGGAGAUGGCCUGGGAUGACUCCGCACUCACCAUCACUGUCAACCCCAUGGAAGAGUCGGUCCCGUCGUGCGGCACGCACGCGGGCGCGGACAGCUCGGACGGGGAGUCGUGCUCCGACUCCGACUCCGAACACCACGACUCCUCCGACGACGACGACGAAGUGAUGCCGGGCAAGGAGCACAAGUACAGAAACAUCAGCCAACUGGAGUGGGACAACAGCACGAUGUAAUGCGCACGCGCACCUCACGCACACACGCUACUUCAUCUGCGGGGUUUCCAUACACGACACUCGUACAAACAUACUUCUCAACUACGUCAUAAACAACUCUAGACACAUCUAAAUUGAGUUAAAUUUACAAUAAAA